AUCGGAUGUGCCAAUGAAUGCGAGCGGAAAAUCAUAUUUCCAUAAGGCCUUCGUUCAUUACAGCGCCCUAUUACCUAAAUUUCACUUGUUUUUGAAUUUUGAUGCUUUAGUUACAUAUAUAUCGAAAUAAUUACUACACUCUGAAAAAAAAUCCGCUAAAAAUAGAAUGAUCAGUUUUACAUGAAGGUCAACUGGUUUUUGGAAAUGACACACCAGGAAAUCAUAUUGGAUUUUCACGGAGUUUACUUCACCCAUGUUUUCACCUUUAAAUUUUGCACUUGUAUUAUGUAAUCGAUAUAGGUAGAUUAAUUAUAACUGUUCUUUCUUCGUUGGAAUAAAGAACUAUUUAUCUUAGAAAAUAUUUCCAUGAUGGAAUAGUGCGUAAAUGUGUUAUUUUGUUUCUACGUGUUACUUUGAAAUCCAACAGGCAGUGCGUUGUAGAGGUUGCGGGGAGUGUUGAUUACAUCCUGGAAACACCGGCAACAUUGCUUUCAUUUAAUACAUCCCACGUAUCCAACCCAUCGGAGAUCCAGGUUUGACCUGUCAACUGGACGUGAAUGCAUCGUGUGAUUAAUGAAUUUGCGGGGCAUAGCGAAAUUGUCCCAAAUUUUUUUUGAACAUGGCUUCAGGCCGAGGACUGACGAAGAACAUGCCUUUCAUAACUCAACAAUUCGUUGCUCUUCUCGGCAAUACCAGUACUUCAGUGAAAUGUAUUUGUGUUGUGGUGUUAUGUGGUUACUGUCUGUCAUAUUCAGAACCCGCUGUGCGACUACUUAGUUUUACCCCAGGGUUUCCUCUAGUGUCAUGGAUAUGGACCUCAUUGACGUUUUGUUUUUUAGAACUUCAUUUUUGGGAAGUAUGUGUAGACAUAAUAACUGUUGGCUUGUGUGGAAAAUUAAUCGAACCGUUAUGGGGUGCAUUAGAAAUGAUGACAUUUUUUGUGUUAGUGAAUAUUUGUGUAGCAAUAUUAAGUGGACUAUUUUACCUUAUUUUAUAUAUGUGCACAUUUAAUACUGAUCUCCUUUUCACUGUGCACAUACAUGGAUUGGCAGGCUAUAUUGCCGGUGUAUCAGUUGCUGUUAAGCAAAUAAUGCCAAAUCAUGUAAUUUUAAAAACACCUCUUGGAAAACUAACUAAUCGCAACGUACCUUUGAGUGUCUUCUGUGUGUCACUUCUGUUAUGGGCAGUUGGUGUUCUUGAGGGCACAUAUCCUACUAUGUUCAUGUCAGGACUUCUUGUCAGUUGGACUUACUUACGUUUUUAUCAACGGCACAGUAAUGGUACAAAAGGAGACAUGGCUGACAACUUUUCCUUUGCCAGCUUCUUCCCUAAUGUUCUUCAGCCACCAAUUGCUGUUGUAUGUAAUACUAUUCAUGGGUUCCUUGUUAGAAUUGGAAUAUGUCAGAGAAUGCUUCCAAAGCAUGAUGUAGUUGCUCCAUCUGGAAUAACAAUUAGUCUUCCUGGUAUUGAUUCUCACGACAUGGAAAGGCGAAGGCUAAUUGCUUUGAAGGCUUUGAAUGAAAGGUUGAGCAAAGUGGAAUCAGACUCGAUAUCUAGACAAUCAAAAGAACCAUAUGAGACUAAGCAUAUAAGUCAAUGUGUUACCAUUCCUAUACCCAAAGAAGAUGCAGAACCUCAGUCACUCCCGGUUAGUUCUCUGGAUUUGACCACACCAUCAAACACAGACUAUGAAAAAACUUAAUAAAUUAAGUAAUUGCCUUGUAAGUAUUGUUUGGAUUUGUUAUUGAAAUAUUAAAGAAUAUUGAUUUAAGUAUUGAAAAGUGACGGUGAAUUAUUUGGUGAGCGACUCUGAAACAUAGUUCCCAGAGAAGUUAACUGUUGUAAUUCUUUAAUCAGAAAAGUUCAUUGAUGCUGAACAUUAGUGUUUUAUAUUUUAUGUAAAUUUAAUGAAAUACAAGUCAGAAUCCUUUGGAUUCCUCCUGAAAUUCAUGUAUUUGUUUGUAGAUGAAAUUUUAUUCUAGCGAAUUUGUAUGUAUAUAAAAGGAAUCUUAUGUAUAGAGGGAGAUCAUAUAGUUGCCUUUAAAACUCUUCUGCUCAGCAUAAAAAUGACAUUGUUGUAAAAGUAUUGUUUAAAACAAAGUUUCUGUUUUAUGUGUAAAACAUUAAAUUUAUAUAUUCUCUGAAUUAUUGUGUGUUAUUGAUGAACUCCUAUAAUACCAGGAAUUGAGUGAAUCUUCCUUCACAAUGAAGAACUGCCUUCUAAGAAAUACUACUGGGCUAUAGCUUUGAACUUCAAGCAAUUCCAGUCCUAUUCUAGUGUGCGAAUGUUUAAAUAAAUUUUAACUAAAGUUUGUGGGGAUGUUUCUUUUAUUUAUUUGUUUUAGAAC